CCUAGAAAAAACAGCUUAAAGCUCUUCUCUCCGCUCUGUCUCUGUGCUCUGCCUCCCUUUCUGGUAACUCAAACGAAAAAUGGGUGCCAAAGCAAAGACAGCUUCCAACAAGAAAACCCUUAAAAGGGUUACUGCUUCUAAAUCUAAAUCAAAAUCAUCAGAUUUGGUGGUUGCUGUUCAGAAACCCGAAACUGCUGAUUUCUUGCCAUUAGAAGGUGGACCAGCUAGAAAGCUGCCAAAGAGUGGAAAACCAUUGGAUACUUCUUCUGCUGUUCUAUAUAUUGGUAGAAUUCCUCAUGGGUUCUAUGAGAAGGAAAUGGAAGAAUUUUUCAAGCAAUUUGGUUCCAUUAAGCGGUUAAGGAUUGCGAGGAAUAAGAAGACAGGAAAGUCCAAGCAUUUUGGAUUUAUCGAGUUUGAAUCUCCUGAGGUGGCGAAGAUUGUUGCAGACUGUAUGCAUAAUUAUCUGCUCUUUGAGCACUUGUUGCAAGUUCAUAUUAUUCCAACAGAGAAAGUUCAUCCUAAACUAUGGUAUGGUGUAACCCACCGAUACAAACCGUUGAACUGGACUCAAAUUGAACGCAACCACCAUAACAAGGAAAGAACACUGGAAGAACAUAGAAAAUUGGUGGAGGGAAUCAUGAAGCGAGACAAGAAGCGACGACUGAAGAUAGAGGCUGCUGGUAUUGAUUACGAGUGCCCAGAAAUUGUGGGUAGUGUCCAAGCUGUUCCGAAGAAAAUCAAGUUUACCGAAGAUUAGGACUUCUACUAAGGUACCAAUCAAAAUCGUAACAAACCAUUCAGUGUUGGUGGCUUGUGGUGGACAUACACCCUGCCAAUCUCUUUCUUCCUUUCCUCGGCUCUGUUCUGCGUUGGUAUGAGUCGGUCCUAGCUUCUGAACACCCAAUAGUUAUGCAACUGUGAUAGAAUUAGCAGGAAACUCUUGGCAAAUUUCUUUGUAAUAUUCGAUUUUGAUUGUUUUGGAAGUCUAUUUAGUACAAAAGAAUUUUUAAUCUAUAUAUGCAUGUAGAAGUAAUUGUCAAAGGUAUCUAAUCAAGUACUUUCUAGUCCUGUCUUUCUCAGCUGCUCAUACCUUGUGGAAGUAUACAGGAGCUGGAUCGUUUGUACAUGUUAUAAUAGCUGUUUUGACCUA